AUGUCGACCAAGAAGGUUCCCUACGUAACGCUCGAUGUCUUCACAAACAAAAGGUUUAAGGGAAACCAAGUAGCCGUCGUCGAAGUCGGCGAUGUCCCUCUGCCGCCGGACCAUAUGCAAAUGAUCGCACGCGAGUUCAACUUCUCCGAAACCGUAUUCCUGCGUCGAAACAGCGAUGGGGCGUUAUGCAUCAAUAUUUUUACUCCUGUCAAUGAGAUGGACUUUGCCGGUCAUCCCGUUAUCGGUACUGGCCAUGUGGUAUUUCGCCGGCUUCUCCCAGGCCUCGUGAAUAGUCCGGUCGUCUCGGAGAUCCCUAUUUUGACAAAGGCGGGACCUGUCGUCGUACGACAUGAUCCGGCGCGACGGACUGUUGCUGCUGAAGUGCCACAUAAUGUCCAUAUCCAUUCCCGAUCUACCAGCAAGGAUAGCCUCAUCGCCACGCAGCCAAGCUUGAACGCCCAGACAUCCUCGUUGGAAGAGGCUUAUCCGGCCGUCUCUAUCGUCAAAGGCGUCACCUAUACAUUGGUCGAUUUUACAAACCACCCCGAAGCGUUUGCGACUGUUGCCGCGGGCCCUAGCCAGGUGACCGAGCUGGAUGAUGGCUGGGCGCCUUCUUUUAUGGGGGUAAUGUACUAUCGCAUAGCAUCUGAGGCUUACGUUGAGGAUGACAGAAGGGUGCAAGAACUUCGGGUCCGCAUGAUCGCAAUCAACCUCGAAGAUCCCGCCUGUGGGAGCGGUUCAUGUGCUUUGAGCGCUUACCUUGCGCUUCAGCAUGGGGCUGUAAGUGGCAAAUAUAGAUUCUACAUUGACCAGGGACAGGAGAUUGGCCGAGACAGCAAUAUCAUCGUCGACGUUGUGCUGGAUGGCACUGGGAAGGGUGUGUUGAGUGUGUCUCUCUCUGGCCCAGCUACCCUGGUAACUGAGGGCACUUUGUUUCUACCUGAGUAA